AAUAAAAGGAAAAAAUGCAGCUGAUUUCCAUGGCACCAAACUGCACUCCGCCCCUUUCACCGCAGGUUUUUGAUGGAAGGAGAACGCAGAGUUUCGGCGAGCGCGAUAGCAAAUGGCACAAUCAACAGGUGAAGCUGUUGAGAAUCUUGGCCCCGCCAUUAAUGGCUGCUGCUAUAGCCUUAUCUCCUAUUUGUCACCCUCCUGUGUCAUUAGGGCAAACUUUAGAUGCUCAGAAAGGAGCCACCUUGUUUCAACGGGCUUGCAUAGGAUGCCACGAUGCUGGAGGAAAUAUAAUACAACCUGGUGCAACACUCUUUCUCAAAGACCUACAGAGAAAUGGAGUUGAAACUGAAGAGGAGAUAUAUGGGAUUACUUACUAUGGGAAAGGAAGAAUGCCGGGAUUUGGCGAGAAUUGCAUGCCUAGAGGUCAAUGCACGUUCGGGCCUCGACUAAGCGAAAACGAAAUUAAACUACUGGCUGAGUUUGUGAAGUCACAAGCCGAGCAAGGUUGGCCCAAAAUAGAAACUGAAGGUGAUUAGUUCUUUCUCAAAAUAUUCUUUGAUAUGCUUAGCUAAUUCUCGGUACAAAUAAUGUAGCAGUUUCUCAUAUAACUGUAAACUGUGUUUGAUGUUAGAAAUGCUUUCCUGGGCCGGCCCAUAAUUGUUGUGUAAUUCCUCAGCCCAAAGUUUGCAUAAUUUGGCCUAUUUAUGCGGGAAUGAGUAAAUGGCCCUAACAAGUGCAUGGCUUCAUAAUCUUUGUUAAAAGUCAAAAAAAGCAAAAAAUAAAAAUAAAAUAAAAAAAACGACGGUAUAUAACCAACAUGGGAUAGAAAAAUCAAACAACGUUGUACAAUGACCUGCAUUUUUGGCCCUUAGAUGUGUAGAAAUAAUUGUCCAUAAAUCUCACGGGCGAUUAAGUAAGCCACAUGAAUCGAAUAGAGACAAUUUUUCUGCACUGAAUAAUCAAUUCUGCCGCCCCACUUUCAAUGUGUGUACCCAAGUUUGGAUUUAGCCAACUUUGUCAAAGAAUCAAUUGCUUUUGUAAUCCAUAACUACUUGUAUUUUGCUUAUUUUGCCCAAUUACAGACAAAGUAC